CCCUAAUCCCGCCAUUAUUUCUGCCUCCCCACUUCUCCGAUCCAUCGCCGCCAGACACCAAAUCCGCCGCCGCCGUCGCCGUCGCCGCCGCCGCCGCGAUAACAGUCCGGCCGCGGAUCAGGGCGGAACAGACCGGAGAGAGUACCAGCCAUGGUGAUCUCGAGCCAGACCGGCGCCUUCUCCCCCUCGCAGUUCACCCCCUCGAGCACGACGCCGCUGACCGUGAAGCAGAUCGCGGCCGCGCAGCUGACCGGCCCCGACGAGGACGGCGUGCCCUUCGUCGUUGACGGCGUCGAUACGUCCAAAAUUAUGGUCGUGGGGAUGGUGAGCGGGAAGGCCGAGAGGGCGACGGACGUGACGUUCACGCUCGACGACGGCACCGGCCGCAUCGACUUCAUCAGAUGGGUGAAUGAUGCUGCAGAUUCUGCUGAAACUGCUGCUAUUCAGAAUGGGAUGUAUGUUUCCGUCAUCGGUACACUCAAGGGACUCCAGGACAAGAAGCGUGCUACUGCUUUCUGUGUCAGACCUGUAACUGAUUGCAAUGAGGUCCCGCUGCAUUUCACUCAGUGCGUACAAAUGCAUAUGGAGAACACAAAAUCAAUGUCACAGGUGACCAUCGGAACAAAUGGAUCGGGGACUGAUUUGUACACUCAGGUGCUGAAUGUUCUCAGUGAACCAGCAAGCAUUGAGAGUGAUCACGGUGUGCAUAUCGAUGAAAUUGCCAAGCAACUUGGACUACCAGUAAGCAAGAUAGUGGACGCCAUCAGUUUCCAUGUCGAUUAUGGGCACAUCUUCUCCACGAUUGACGACUUCCACUACAAGUCAGCAUACAUCGACUGAGUUUGCAAUGGGUCUCGUUGUAUGCUUGCAUCCAUCCUUACCUGUUCAGAUAGCCCUUUAGAAACGCAGAGAAGAUUCUGUGGGCACACGCCUUUAAAUUCCUGUUGAACAAGCUUGAUGUGAUGUGCUUCAUCUAGGAAAACUAUGAUCAGCGUGGUGACAUAUGGUCGUUUUGCACAAUCAGAUGCGAUUUGGGGUUGUUUUGUGCUACCAUUA